AUGGGUAUCGAGAAGAAGUACUUAGCAAAGACUCACGCAAAGAAGCCAGGCAGAAAGGUUUUGGUUUCACCAAAUGCUUAUUUGGCCAUUCUCGUCAGACUCUACAAGCUCUUGGCCAGAAGAACUGGUGCUGAGUUCAACAAGAAAGUUCUUGCUAGACUCUUGCACUCUAGAAGAGAACAAAGACCAAUCACUCUUGCCAGAUUAGAAAAGCUUGUUGGUGAUAAGAAGGAUUCUGUUGCCGUUGUUGUCGGUACUAUCACAAAUGAUGCUCGUUUGUUGGAUGCUCCAAAGGGUUUGAAGGUUUGUGCUUUGCACGUCACUGAAACUGCCAGAAAGAGAAUUGUUGAAAACGGUGGUCAAGUUUUGACCUUCGAUCAAUUGGCACAAAUCUCACCAGACGGAAAGGGAUGUGUCCUUUUGAGAGGUAACAAGAAUACUGAAUCCAAGAAGCACUUUGGUCUUGCUCCAGGUCAAAUCGGAUCCCAUGCUAAGCCAUACAAGCACGGAAGUCAAAAGAGAGAAGGCAGAUAUGGUGAAUUGGGCAGAGGUAGAAGAGCUUCAAGACAAUACAAGAAGAGAGCAUAA